AUGUGGGAGUCGGUGGCGCUCACGCUGGCCGGCGCCGCCGGCAACAGCAUCGGCAAGGUGCUCCAGAAGAAGGGCACCCUCAUCCUCCCGCCCCUCUCCUUCAAGCUCAAGGUCAUACGGGGCUACGCGCUCAACAGGCUCUGGAUCAGCGGCUUCCUCCUCGACAUGUGCGGCGCCGCCCUCAUGCUCACCGCGCUCUCGCAGGCGCCGGUCUCUGUCGUGCAGCCGAUUGCCGGCUGCGGCCUCGCCAUACUCUGCGUCUUCUCCCAUUUUUACCUCAAGGAGGUCAUGAAUGGCCUUGAUUGGAUUGCCAUCACAAUGGCCGGUCUCGGCACCAUAGGAGUCGGUGUAGGAGGGGAGGAGCAGAAAGUGGAAGAGAUUCCCCUUUUCAGUAUACCUUGGCUGGUGCUCACCGUUCUCAUCUUGUUUGUUCUACUCAACACUUGGCUUCAUAUCUACAAAAAGCAAAGGCGCGAACAAGAGUUGACUGGACCUGAAGUGAUCGAGGAGGUCAUAUACGGCUUAGAAUCAGGCAUUUUGUUUGGGAUUUCAUCAGUGAUCUCUAAGAUGGGAUUCGUGAUGUCUGAAAUGGGCUUUCCGAAGAUUGUUGUGCCAGCUGCCAUUUCUUGUAGUGUGGCCUGCAGUGCCGUGGGAUUUGUUUACCAGACUCGAGGUCUCAAGCAUGGGAGGGCAAUUGUUGUGUCCACAUGUACAUCGGUGGCAUCUAUUGUGUCUGGUGUUGUGGCUGGUAUGGUUGCACUUGACGAACAUCUGCCGACAGCUCCCGCAGGACGUUUUUUUCUCUUGCUUGGAUGGUUCUUCAUUAUUACGGGGGUGAUACUUCUUGUUACUUCAACCCGAGUGAUUGCGCGCCUACCUAAGCCUGUGCAGAAGUUUUUGAAGAGUAAUAUGGAGCGUUCACACAGCAUCAGGAGGCCUGGGUCAGCCCGAGGGAAGGAUCCCAACCAAAGCACAACAAUCCAUGCCUCGACAUUACAUAUACUAACCUCUACAGGGAAAGAGAAGGCCUAG